AUGGCUCCCCCGAACGUUGAUACCAUGUUCACACUUAAGGUGGAUAAUGUUCCUUUUCAGAUUGGGAGCGACGAAUUGCGCGACCUCUUUUCCAAAUACGGAGAGAUUGGUGACGUGUACAUUCCACGUGCUCGUGGCUCGAACGAAUCACGUGGAUUCGCCUUUGUGCGUUUCAUGGAGAAACGUGAUGCAGAGGAUGCUAUUGAGGGAAUGGAAGGUCAAGAUUUUCAAGGCCGUGAUCUACGCGUGCAAUUCGCCAAGCAACGUCGACCUGACAACCCACGGGAGUUUUACUCACGUGGAGGAGGCGGUGGUGGCAGUAGUGACCGCUAUGGAGGAGGUGGAGACCGCUACGGAGAAGACCGCGGCCGUGGCAGUCGCCAUGAAGACCGCAGGGACGACCGCCGCCAUGAUGACCGACGUGAUGAUCGCCAUCGUCGACGCUCACGUUCGCGCUCUCCCGUUCGUCGAGACCGAGAACGCAGUGGCGCUGGACGUGACCGCAGUCGUAGCCGCUCCCCGCGUCCGCGUAGUCGCUCGCCCCGCCGCACUAGCGCGUCACCACCUCGUCGUGACUAA